AGUGUCGCCCGCCCGGGCCCGGGUGUAGCCAGACCGCCUGUUUACUCUGUCAUCCGGCUUAAAACCCGGCCAAGGGGCCGGAUGGCCUCGACACGCCGCGUAACUGGGGCUUUGGCUGCUCGGGCUCACACCGAAUAGCCGCUCACAGGCUUGGAGUGUGAUGUUUUGCUUGCUCGCUGUUGGAGCUGUCCUCCCUACCCACCCAGUGGAGAACCGAUUAUUCCUUUUCCUCCCUGGUCACGGUAAAAAUCACAAAGAUGCUGCCUCGGUCAGGGCCACACACCCCAUCCCUGCAGCCUGUGGCAUUUAUUACUUUGAAGUGAAGAUCGUCAGUAAAGGUAGAGAUGGGUACAUGGGAAUAGGACUUUCUGCUCAAGGGGUCAACAUGAACAGGCUUCCUGGAUGGGAUAAACAUUCUUAUGGGUACCAUGGUGACGAUGGGCACUCCUUCUGUUCCUCGGGGACGGGGCAGCCCUACGGCCCCACGUUCACCACUGGAGACGUGAUCGGCUGCUGUGUCAACCUCAUCAACAAUACCUGCUUCUACACGAAAAAUGGCCACAGUUUAGGUAUAGCCUUUACAGACCUCCCUUCAAAUCUCUACCCCACAGUGGGUCUCCAGACUCCAGGAGAGAUCGUGGAUGCCAACUUUGGGCAGCAGCCCUUUGUGUUCGACAUCGAGGACUACAUGAGGGAGUGGCGGGCGAAGAUCCAGAGCACCAUUAAGCGAUUUCCCAUAGGAGACAGGCUGGGCGAGUGGCAAGCCAUGCUGCAGAAUAUGGUUUCAUCAUAUUUGGUUCAUCAUGGGUACUGUUCCACAGCAACUGCCUUUGCCAGAGUCACAGACACCACAAUCCAGGAAGAACAGACCUCAAUAAAGAAUAGACAAAGAAUACAGAAGCUAGUAUUAGCAGGCAGAGUGGGAGAGGCUAUAGAAGCCACCCAGCAACUCUAUCCUGGCCUCCUAGAACAUAACCCCAACCUGCUCUUCAUGUUAAAGUGUCGGCAGUUCGUGGAGAUGGUGAACGGCACGGACAGCGAGGUGCGUUGUUUCAGCGCCCGCAGCCCCCGAUCCCAGGACAGUUACCCCGGGUCCCCCAGCCUCAGUCCGAGACACGGAUCGAGCAACUCCCACAUUCACAGUACCGGAGCAGAUAGUCCAACCUGUAGCAAUGGAGUCAUGUCCACAAAAAGCAAACAGAGUCACAGUAAAUACCCAGCACUGAGUUCAUCAUCUUCAUCUUCCUCCUCCUCUUCCCCCUCAUCUGUGAACUACUCUGAGUCCAAUUCUACAGAUUCUACCAAAUCUCAGCAGCACAGUAGUACGAGUAAUCAAGAAACCAGUGACAGCGAGAUGGAAAUGGAGGCUGAGCAUUAUCCCAACGGAGUCCUGGAAAAUUCAUCCACCAGGAUAAUGAAUGGCACCUACAAACAUGAAGAGAUCCUGCAGACGGAUGAGUCCAGCAUGGACAGCUGUCCCCAGAGGCAGCUCUGUGGAGGGAACCACGCUGCCACCGAGAGAAUGAUCCAGUUUGGGCGGGAGCUGCAGAUCCUGAGCGAGCAGCUUUGCAGAGAAUAUGGGAAGAACACCGUGCACAAAAAGAUGCUUCAGGACGCCUUUAGCUUGUUAGCUUACUCAGACCCUUGGAACUGCCCCGUUGGCCAACAGCUGGACCCGAUCCAGAGGGAACCUGUGUGUGCUGCUCUCAAUAGUGCUAUAUUGGAAUCUCAGAACCUGCCAAAGCAGCCCCCGCUGAUGCUUGCCCUGGGCCAGGCCUCGGAGUGUUUGCGGCUCAUGGCUCGUGUGGGCUUGGGCUCCUGCUCCUUUGCCAGAGUAGACGACUAUUUGCACUAACACAGAGCAAGAUGGAGUUGACAUCGUUGAGUGCUGCCCUUCACCCUCCGUUGCUGCCACUCUGCACCACCACCUCGUUCGAUAGCCUGACCUCCCUGCCACCAACACCCCCUCUAGCACACACAAACACUGCCUGUGAAAGGACUGAGUGAGUCCCCUCACUGUGUGGCUAUUCCUGACCCCAGGAACGACUGGCAGAUCUCACCUGUCUCCCUGCCAUUGCUGCGGCUCCAGCAGCACUCAGUAUUUCGCUGGUUAUUCUAAUGUAGCGCCUUCUGAUGUAGGGAUUUCUCUUUGUUUUGAUUUGAGUUGUUUCUCAUGGUUCCACCGAUAUUUUAUCUGGAGAGUUUUGCUGAGCUGGUUUAUGCUGAUUUACUGAGGAAGCUGAUCAAGCUGGUGACAGCUUGUUCUUUUCUUCCCUUCUCCCUCCAUCGUGCACAUAUAGCAUCAUCUUCUGUGCUAGUUAUCUGAACUCUUCUCACAGUGGCAGUUCAGAGGGAUUUUUUUUUUUAUUUUAUUUUAUUUGAAUCAUGUUUAUUAAAAAGGUCUCUUCCACCUCCACAAAGUCAUUGAUGUAUUUAUUGCCCACAGACUCGGUCCCAGACAUACACAUCCUACAACCCCGCAGGAGACCUGGUGAGGUAGGUCCUGUCACGCACUAAUGGUGGGAGUUGGAGGAGCCAGGUCCUUCAUGGUGCCUCUCCUAAGAGCCCAAGGCUCUCGAAUUUGGCUUUGUGAGUGGGAAGAGUAAAAGACUUGAUGUUGCCUUGUGUUAGUGGUUGUGCUGUAGAAGUGUCUCACAACCCUGAGAAAUAGUUAAAUCCAGCUCUCCUGGCAGCUGGAGGGACAGGACUGGUGAAUAUGAAGUCAUCUGCCACUGCAUGUGUAGAAGCAGGUUGUGUGAGCCUGCCAGAAACAUCCAUGGGUGCUGCCCUGUUGGGCUGACAGUUUUUUGUUAAAUUAACAAAUCCUCCUUUUUCUCCAUGUAGGAGGGCUCUGGCACUAAGACUCAGUAAUAACAGUAUUUCCUGCCCCCACGUCCCCAUAACACUGAUCUAAAUGAGCAUUUCUGAAUUUUGGAAGUGUCUUGAGAAGCCUGGCUGGGCUGUGCUCACCCUCUCAGGUGGGACAUGCUGACAUCAGCUUGUGGGUUGGGGUCAGUACCAGCUUUGCCAGGCCUGAGCCAUUCAGGAGAGAGCAGCAAUGUUUCUUUAAGGAUUAGUAAGAUAAUUACUGAAGUUUCAGGCCCAAAGGAGACCAACAAAGAUCUGUGGGUGAGUAACCUCCAAGUAAGAUGGACUGACGUGUCUGUGCUGUGGUAUCAGGCCCAGGGACUCGAGUGAUACCAAGUGUUUAAAGCACCUGUUUGUGUUUCUGAGUGUGUACUGUUACCUGGUGAAGCUGUGGGCAGCACCACCAUGUGCUUUGCAUCCUCUGCUGUACCAUUAAGAGAUGGCAGGUUCAGCCUGGCUGCGUGACAGGAGUUGCAGUUCUGCACCAAAUGAAUUUUAGGUCAGUAGCUCUGGGUAGGACCCAGGGGAGCUCAAACUGAACAUGACUUUUACUGCUGUUCCACCAAUUUAUUUUUUUUUUGAAGGUUCAGUGAAAGAUGAACAGGUUGGGAUGAGGUUUGCCCUUAAAAUGGAGGUUAGCCUGUGCCAGGAAUUGAAGCAGCAAGAGAGCUUGUGUGCCACUGAGAAGGGAAAGUGGUGUGUGACCUCUGAGCUAGGCUGGAUUUGUAGCUGGCACAUGGGGUCUGAAAUUCAGGCAGAGCAGGGGUCGGGUGUGUCCUGGACUGCAGAAGAUGACUGUGGCAGGGAAUGUGCAGAUGGUGUUGGAGGUGGUUGGGAAUGCUAUCCCUACCUUUUGGUGAAGGUGUACAGUGUGUAGAGGCAGUGCUAGAGCUGUGGUGGCCUAAGAAAACAGUCAGCUGGAGGUUUGGAGAUGGAGAUAUUUCUAUCAGAUUAACUCGUGUAGCUGAAAAAAGCAGAGGGAGCUCUGCCUACCACAGGCUUUUUCUAGGGAGACAGAGGCAGAGGUCUGCACUAAACAGAAGGAAUUUAACUUGGAAAUCUGGGGUUUGUCAAUUCUGGGAGACACCUGAUGUGCCUGAAAGCUCAUCUGUUGAUGUUCAGCUCUGCUCAUUGGCCUGCAGAUGGAUAUUGCCCCAGCCUGCAGUCCUUGCCUUGCUGCAAGUGCAGAGAUAACUCGAUGGACGGGUUUCCUCUCUGAAGCCUCUGAUCCCAAAUGUGCCAGGGCUGCCUGUCCCAGCCCACUGGGCCCCAGAGCCUGAGGCAGCUUGUGAACUUGGCCUGGUGAGAUUCUCCUGCAGGGUCUUCAUUCCUUAGACCCAGCCUUAGGGCACACUGCUGGGCUGAUUGUGGGUGCUGAGGUUGGAAAAACUCAGUACCUGGCUUUGCCUUUCACGUUUGGCAACAUCCUCUGCUGUUGGUCCCUGUUUAGCUUGCAGCAGUCUGGCUGCAAUCAGACUUCUCAUCUUUGUAGCAACACUAUCUCUUUCUGAGGUUUUUGGGUUCCUUCUCUUUGUGGUUUCUUUAAGCCAAGACUUUUCAUCUUGUGUCAUAGUAAUGCCCCACUUGGUUUCCCAGCAAAGCUGUGCUGACUGUCCUAGAGCAUCUUUUUUUAUUUUGGUUUCCCUUUCACUGUUAAAAAGAAAAAGCCCCAAAACAAGAGAUGUUCCUAGAUAUCUGGUUAUUCUG